AUGGACGACAACAUGUCUCUAAAACGCGAGGACGGCCUAUCGGAAUCCUUCUCCCCGUCUGCGGCUCACGGCCCUGCCGAGGCAGCCACGUCUAGCGGCGGAAUUUCCGAAGGGGUGGGCAGCUCGGGGGCCAAUGUGACGGUCCAAAACGGUACCGUGCGCCCUGCGGCUACGGAGCCUCCGAAGUACGACUUCGGUGAAAAGAAGAAGAAGAAGACCCCGGCAGCCAGCGAGGCGGCGAAGGCCGAGUUCAUCGACGGCACCGGCAAGGUUUUUGUCAGGGGGCACAUCUACCCGUACGAGGAGCUGCUGGCGCGUAUCCAAACGCUCAUCAAUGCUCACAACCCCGACCUCGCUGGAAGCAAGCGCUACACCAUCAGACCGCCGCAGGUGGUCCGUGUCGGCUCAAAGAAGGUGGCAUGGAUCAACUUCAAGGACCUGUGCACCGUCAUGGGGCGUAGCAUGGACCACGUGCACCAGUUCGUGCUGUCGGAGCUGGGUACCGAGGGUUCGAUUGCCGGCGACGGCCAGCUGGUCCUGAAGGGCAAGUACGGCCCCAAGAACAUCGAGAGCCUGCUCAGGAAGUAUAUUACGGAGUACGUCACGUGCUCCAUGUGCAAGAGUCCCAACACCACCAUGGAACGCGACUCCCGCGCCAGGCUCUUCACGCAGCACUGCGAGGCCUGUGGAGCCAACAGGAAUCCAACCGUAACAGCAGCAUUCAGGUCCGUGAACCCCAUCAAGAGCGGAUUCCACGCUCUGAACAGGGGAGAGCGCCGAAAGGCAAAGGUUUAA